UACUUUUUCCACUCUAUGGGUGCCAGCUACUGUCUAGAAUAACUAAUUAUCUGUUUUCAUUAAUCGUUUAUUAAUAUAUCGUUAUUAAACUUUCAACUAUUUUUACUGUCGUUAUAAAAAUUUCUUUACAGUAGAUUAAUGUAAUCAAUUAAUUUAAUGUUCUUUUUUUUUUAGGCAUAUGUGAUAAAAAUAAAGCGCUACGCCUUUUUAUAAUGCUCAAUUUUUAUUAAUUACAUUUUAAUUCAAAAGCUUAACACAACAAUCAGUAUCCUUAUAGCAAAAUGGGCAGCUGUUUUAGUUGUCAAAAAGGCUCAUCUAGCAAAAAAGACAUAACGGGUUCACCUUCUAAUGUUGGAAACAAGGAUACCAUAGGUUCACCAGCUAUACCCAGUGUUCCUAUUCAACUGCCGCCCCACGAUAACAUUCGUGAAGUUAGAAAUGGUCCAAUGCCACCUGUUCCCGAUCAGGAACCUUCAAAUGCAACAAAUGCUUCUGCCAAAAUAUUCGUAGCACUCUAUGAUUAUGAUGCUCGUACUGAUGAAGAUCUCAGUUUUAGAAAAGGUGAACAUUUAGAAAUUCUCAAUGAUACACAAGGUGACUGGUGGUUAGCUAGAAGUAAAGCUACCAAACAAGAAGGUUAUAUACCAUCAAAUUAUGUAGCAAAAUUAAAGUCUAUUGAAGCCGAACCUUGGUAUUUUGGAAAAAUUAAAAGAAUUGAGGCUGAAAAAAAGUUACUUUUACCAGAAAAUGAUCAUGGAGCAUUUUUAAUUCGUGAUUCUGAAAGCAGAAGAAAUGAUUAUUCUCUAUCUGUACGUGAUGGUGAUACUGUCAAACAUUAUCGUAUCAGACAGCUAGAUGAAGGAGGUUUCUUUAUUGCUCGCCGAACUACAUUUAGAACAUUACAAGAAUUAGUAGAAUAUUAUAGUAAAGAUGCAGAUGGUUUAUGUGUGAAUUUAAGAAAGCCAUGUGUACAGGUUGAAAAACCAGUUACUGGCGGUCUAUCUCAUAGCACAAGAGACCAAUGGGAAAUUGAUAGAUCUUCAUUAAAGUUUGUUCGAAAAUUGGGUCAUGGUCAGUUUGGUGAAGUAUGGGAAGGUUUAUGGAAUAAUACAACACCUGUAGCAAUAAAAACACUGAAAACUGGCACUAUGGAUCCCAAAGAUUUCUUGGCAGAGGCACAAAUUAUGAAAAAAUUAAGACAUACAAAGUUGAUUCAAUUGUAUGCUGUAUGUACAAUGGAAGAACCAAUUUAUAUAAUUACUGAACUUAUGAAAAAUGGAAGUCUUCUAGAAUUUUUACAAGGCAAAGGUCGAGGAUUAAAACUCCAACAGCUAAUUGAUAUGGCUGCUCAGAUAGCCUCAGGUAUGGCAUAUCUUGAGUCUCAAAACUAUAUACAUCGUGAUUUGGCUGCCAGAAAUGUACUUGUCGGUGAAAGUAACAUAGUUAAAAUAGCAGAUUUUGGUCUUGCAAGACUUAUUAAGGAGGAUGAAUAUGAAGCAAGAGUUGGUGCUAGAUUCCCAAUAAAAUGGACUGCUCCUGAAGCAGCAAAUUACAGCAAAUUUUCUAUUAAAUCUGAUGUAUGGUCAUUUGGAAUUUUGCUUACUGAACUUGUUACCUAUGGACGUAUACCUUAUCCUGGUAUGACAAAUGCUGAAGUUCUCCACCAAGUUGAACAUGGCUACCGUAUGCCAAUGCCUCCUAAUUGUCCAACUGCCCUUUAUGAUAUUAUGCUGGAAUGUUGGCAUAAAGAUCCUAUGAAAAGGCCUACAUUUGAAACAUUACAAUGGAAAUUAGAAGAUUUCUUCACAAUGGAGGGGUCUGAGUAUAAGGAAGCUUCGGGUUACUGAGAUCACGCCUACCUCUCGGAGUGGCCAAUGCAACAGGCUUAUGCUCUUCGUGGCGGCAAUCCUCAAGCAGCUGCCAUUUAUAUGCAACACGCUGCUGCAGUUUAUCAUGCCCAUAGACAACAACAUCUCAUGCAUAAUAUGUAUCAUCAUCAUUGAUAAAUUAAUCUUUGACCACCAUCAGUAAGUUGUACCUAUGAAAUUACUUAUUAUCAUUUUAUUUUUUAUUUAUAAACUUUUUUGUAUGAAUAACUUGUUUAAACUACUUAGUUUUAAAUAUUUCAUUUAGUUUUAUUACAAAUCGUAAGUACUGUUGUUCAACCAAUUUUUAGAUUUUAACUAUUAAGUAUUAUGUUUAUUUCCUCAAUUUAUUAACUUUUAUUAAACUAUUUUUUAUUCACUAUUUUUUUUUAUAUAUAAAACUUUAAUUUUUAUAAGUUAAAUCCAUAAUUUUAGUAAAAUUUGUUAAAUAAAACUAUUGUAUUAUUAGUUCGAUAAAAAUUUAUAAAAAUCCUAUGCUGGUUCAAUUUUCUUCUCAUUAAAUAUUUUUUAACUGUGAUUGUUUUGUUGUCAUAUUAAAUUUAAAAUAAAAAUAUUUUAAUAAAAUGAAAAUAAUUUUUGUAUAAUAUUAUUAGAUAAAAAAAUGUUUUAAGCAAUUAUAUUUAUAUUUUUUUUAAACAGUUAGAUAACUUGUGAGAUAACAAUUUAAGAUCAUAUGUGUAUUUAGUUCUUUUUAAAUAUUAAACUAUAUAUAUAUAUAUAUAUAUAUAUAUAUAUAUAAUUUGAUUUUAUAUGACCUAUUAAUGGAAUUUGGUCUAUGGACAAAUAAUUUGUUCUUAAAAAUAUCACAACAUUUCUUUCAAAAUAAUAAUUUUUAACUAGUGUUAAUGUAAUAAACAUUUGAAGAAUACUAAUAUACUAUUAUAUUAAUACUUUUGCAUUAAGUAUUAUAAUUUUUUUCUUAAGAUUUAUACUCUUAUCUUUAAUCUAUGCAUCUUAACAAUCACAGAUCUUAUUUUAUUUGUAAAUUUUAACCAUAUAUAAUUAUAAUUUUUGUAUUAUUUCAAUUAUCUUCAAUGUUAUUGUCUAAUCGAAUCAUAUUUUUUUUUUUAUUUAUAAUUUAAAAAGUAUAUGAAUUAAUAAUAACAAUAAUGGAGGAGUACAAAACUUACCAAAAGAUGUUCUAAAAUAAUGACGAAUUAAUAUGAUAAACAAAACGUGUUCGUAUUCCCAGAGCGAUUUCGAGAGGUAAAAAAAAAAAGAAAAACAA